ACCAGACUGGAUAAUAGCGUUUUUUUUUUGUUGUUUUUUUUUACUGUGAUCUGAGUUAAAGAAGCACAAUUUAAGUACAUUGUUGUCACAUUUAAAUGCUGAUUUCAAGUAUGUUGUUUGAUAAUAAUAAAGACCAACCAUUCUGGAGAUUUCGGUUGCUGGGAGACCACUGCCAACAAAUCCGAACUGAAAGAUGUCGACUAGUUUCUCUGCAAACCAGUAUGAAAAUGCUUUCAAGUCGCAAAAACUACAGAACUGGACCGUACCAAAACAUUUUAAAGAGAGACCAUCGGCUGCAGAGGGGUACACUACAUUUAUAGCCACAGACCGUGGCCACCUUCUACCUGGUGUGAGAACAAAGCAUGGAAGUGCAUGGCCGUCAUUCCAGGGCACAUGGGAUUUACCACGACGCAUCCCUCCUGUACACAUAAACCCCACUGCCCGCUCACAGGAGGGCCAGGAUCGCCUCAGGACCUGGGGAUGGACAAAAUCAGCUACAAUCCAGGCUAAUGAAGCCCCCGCUGGCAGCCAGGCAUCAGUUAGAACCUCUCAAAAUGUGGAAAACAUAAAUGAGGACCAACCUGCUGAGGAAUCCAAAAUGUCUGCGAGUAACCCAGACCAAAAUGAAUCAGCGGUUGUCACAGAAAAGCCCAAUUUUCAGCAUAACCAAGCCGAGUCUAGAAUAACAAGCUCAACUGGUCAACAAGCCCAGUUAAAACCAGUAAACCUGGCUGAAAACCAGCAAGCCAGAACAGCCACCAGGCUCAGUCCAGACCGGCCACUCAGCACAGCCAAGCUGAGUUAAGACCACCAACCAGGAACAGCAGACCAGCAUCUCAGCAAGCACCUGUCAACCAAUAAUCAGAUCCACAGCAAUGAAAAGUCAUUAAAAUUAUUCAGUGAUUUAGCAUUACAUAUUGCUUUGAUAAUUUUUUCAAAAACAGUUUUACUUUACAGAAAUUUCUGUUGAUUUAUAACUGUGUUCAGCUUUCCCAUUCUUUGUUUGUGCAUAACAAUAACAAUGUGUGUGUGCUGGAACACAUUAACUGAAUUGAUUCAAUGAAGCUUAAAGCUGAUUAGUUUCACUAAAUGGCUUUUGUAAUGGAAUCUACUUAGAUUAAAUGCUGCCUGAAUGCAGGGUCAAGUAUCACACAAAAUUAUACAAUUUCAUUUUCAAAAUCCGCUGUUAUCUGUAUAACAUUAAUAUCCUUAAAAUGAUAAUGACAUCAGAGAUUUUCAAUAGUUUUGUCUUUAUUUGCUCAAUAAAUGCACUGACACACCUGCAGUCCUCCUAAAACACAGCUUCAGCUUGAUUCACUAGUCAUCGGUUCAUAUUUUUGGUGCUUGGAAGCAAAUUAGUCAUUUUAAACACCAGCAUACACUAAGUUUGUGGAACUGGGGGCGAGAUGUGGAGAUCCUGUAAGUCAAUCAAGGCCCAAAGACCACUCUCUGUUGAUGAACUUACAAUCAAAAAGUUACAUGGUCAGGUCACAAUGUUGUCUGUCUACAAUGUGUUUAUUCACAAGAUAACUGAAAAAUUGUACUUGCAUCUUAUCUAUGGCAGAUGGCAGCUUUAAAAACUUCCACCUGUGAGUCAAUUAGGGGUGACCUUUGGAAACAUCUUGUAAUCUCUGUUUAUACAGUAUAUAACAAAUCAACAGUCAUCAAUCUUGGUCCAAAUAAUACACAUUCAAAGCAAUAUAUUGUGUGGCCAAACAUAAAAAAUAAACACAAUCCUCAAACUCA